AUUGUCAUUACGGUUGGCGCCAUCUUGUGUUGAUUUGUUUUCAAGAUGCGUGCAUGCUGACCGAGUUGUGUUUAUUAUUUGUAGUUUGGGUGAUUAGUCGCGUGUUACUUUUUUAAAAGAGUUAAAAAGCUUCGAAAGUUCUAAACAUUGUAUUCAGAUGGAACAGAUAGUAGAAGUUAGGACGAGACGUUUUUAAUGUAAAGAAUUAAUUCUUUAACAGUAUUCAUGGCUUCAUCUGGAAAAAGAUCAUCUCUAAUUCAUUCCAGAAGAAGUGCUACAAAAUUUGAAUUGUCUGAAGAUCAGAAGCAAGACAUUAAAGAAGCUUUUGAUUUAUUUGAUCCUGAUGGAACAGGCUAUAUAGAUGGAAAGGAAUUAAAAGUUGCUAUGCGAGCUUUGGGAUUUGAACCAAGAAAAGAAGAAAUUAAAUCCAUUGUUGCUGAAAUUGAUAAAGAUAAAUCAGGUAAAAUUGCUUUUGAAGAUUUUAUGAAAUUAAUGACAUCUAAAAUGGCAGAAAAGGAUACAAAUGAAGAAAUAUUAAAAGCUUUUCAACUAUUUGACAGUGAUAACACAGGAAAAAUUUCAUUUAAUAAUUUGAAAUGUGUAGCUAAAGAAUUGGGUGAAAAUUUAACAGAUGAAGAAUUACAAGAAAUGAUAAAUGAGGCUGAUAAAGAUGGAGAUGGUGAAGUAAAUCAAGAAGAAUUUCUUCACAUUAUGAAAAAAACAUCUCUCUAUUGAUAAUUUUUAUCACAUAAUUGUAUAUAUUAAUUUUUAUUUUGAGAUGAUUGAUAUUGUUAUAACUAAAUAUUGUUUUCAAUUAUUUACAUUAAAUACUUUUAUUUGAAUAAAUUUCAAUAUAAUAGAUAUAUUGAAUAAAAGAUAUGUGGAAUAUUAAAAGUUAGUUGACUUUUAAAGAAAAAGAAUUGCAUCAUACGGUAUAUAAGAAAAUGACAUUGCUUCAUAUGAUAAAUCAAUAUAAAUAAUCCAUUAUGUAUAGAUAAAUGAUUAAAUAAUUCACUUCUAUGAAUCUAUAAGGACCAAAGUACAUUUAAGAGAUUUCAUUAUAUUUAAGAAUAAAAUAAAUAUUAUACAGCUUAUAUCAAUGAGUUGAUUGUCAACAAAUUUCUUUUUAUCAUUCUUGUGUAAACUUGUUAAUUUUUUAAUUGUAUAAAAUACAGGUAUAC